GACAGAGCACUUCCGGAUCUCUCUUCUGGCUUUGUGCAACUGUCGAGUUCCACGCUGCCGCUAACACAUCUUGGUUACAGAGGUUGCAAAAACAACAUUAACAAUGGCUAUGCAUGUACCGAAAGCACCGGGCUUUGCCCAAAUGUUGAAGGAUGGCGCAAAGCACUACUCUGGUCUGGAAGAAGCCGUGUUCAGGAACAUUCAGGCCUGUAAGGAACUGGCUCAGACUACCCGCACUGCUUAUGGACCCAACGGCAUGAACAAGAUGGUGAUCAACCACCUGGAGAAGCUGUUUGUGACCAACGAUGCUGCUACCAUCCUCAGAGAGCUGGAGGUGCAGCACCCAGCAGCCAAGAUGGUCGUGAUGGCGUCCCACAUGCAGGAGCAAGAGGUGGGGGACGGGACCAACUUUGUCCUGGUGUUCGCUGGAGCACUGCUGGAGCUGGCUGAGGAGCUGCUGCGCAUGGGGCUUUCUGUGUCAGAGGUGAUUGAGGGCUAUGAGCUGGCGAUGAAGAAGAGUCUGGAGCUCCUCCCAGAGUGCGUGUGUGCUUCGGCCAAGAACCUUCACGAUGUAGAGGAGGCCACCGCUAUGAUCCGCCCGGCGGUCAUGUCUAAACAGUAUGGCAACGAAGACUUCCUGGCCAACCUCAUCGCUCAGGCCUGCGUCUCCAUCUUCCCCGAGUCUGGUAACUUCAGUGUGGACAACGUCAGAGUUUGCAAGAUCCUGGGCUGUGGACUGAAUUCGUCCUCGGUGCUCCAUGGGAUGGUGUUCAAGAAGGAGACGGAGGGUGAUGUCACGUCAAUUAAGGACGCCAAGAUCGCAGUCUUCUCCUGCCCCUUCGACUGCAUGGUCACAGAAACCAAGGGUACAGUGUUGAUAAACAAUGCGGAGGAGCUCCUUAACUUCAGCAAGGGAGAGGAGGAUAUGAUGGAAGCCCAAGUCAAGUCCAUCGCUGAGGCAGGCGCCAACGUAGUGGUGACGGGUGGCAAAGUGGCGGAUAUGGCGCUGCACUACGCCAACAAGUACCAGCUCAUGGUCGUCAGGCUGAACUCUAAAUGGGAUCUGAGGAGACUGUGUAAGACCGUCGGCGCUGUGGCCCUGCCGAGACUGACCCCUCCCACUCCAGAGGAAAUGGGUCACUGUGACAGUGUCUACCUGGAUGAGGUCGGAGACACUCAGGUGGUGGUCUUCAAACACGAGAAAGAGGAUGGUGCCAUCUCCACCCUGGUAAUUAGAGGAUCCACUGACAACCGCAUGGAUGAUAUCGAGCGAGCCAUCGACGACGGGGUCAACACCUUCAAGGUUCUGGUCCGAGACAAGAGACUGGUGCCAGGUGCCGGAGCUACAGAGAUUGAACUGGCUAGACAGAUCACUUCAUACGGAGAGUCAUGUCCGGGUCUGGAGCAGUAUGCCAUUAAGAAGUUUGCUGAGGCUUUUGAGGCCGUGCCCAGGGCGUUGGCAGAGAACUCUGGCAUCAAGGGAAACGAGCUCAUCUCCAAACUGUACGCCGUGCAUCACGAGGGCAACAAGAACAUGGGCUUUGACAUCGAGGGAGAGGGUGCUGCUCUGAAGGACAUGCUUGAAGCUGGGAUCCUGGAGCCUUUCCUGGUCAAACACUGGGGCAUCAAACUGGCUACCAACGCUGCCAUCACCGUGCUCCGAGUAGACCAGGUACACACACACACACACACUCACACUCUCACAGACUGGGGCAUCAAACUGGCUACCAACGCUGCCAUCACCGUGCUCCGAGUAGACCAGAUCAUCAUGGCCAAACCGGCAGGUGGACCCAAAGCCCCCACAGGCAAGAAAGACUGGGAUGAAGAUGACUGAACAUGACCUCUACCCUUUGACCACCUAACCCCUGCCACUAUGCCCCCCCCUCCCAACCUGGUUUUUCUAUGUUUUUAUUUAAAGUCCAAAGCGUUUUGGCGUAUUGUGUAGACACCAUCCUGCAUGGUUACUGUAUGAUGGAAGGAGAGAUGACAUGGAUGGAUUGAUGAUGGCACUGUAUUGCUUUUUAUGUUCUCGUCUCAAAUAAAAGGCACUUCAUUCCUGUCA